AUGUACAAAAAAUGCCUAGUUUUCAUUUUAGCAGCAUUAGUGGCUGUGUCAGCACGACCCCAGGGCUACAGCCUACCAACGCCUUCUGGACCGUCCUUUGGGCCGUCCUUUGGCCCAUCCGUCGGCCCGUCCGUCGGCCCGUCCGUUGGACCGUCCGUCGGCCCAUCCGUCGGCCCGUCUGUUGGCCCGUCCGUUGGCCCAUCCUCAGGUGGAUGCAGUCCCGGACAAGUGCGACAUGUGGACGGUAGAUGCGUGACUCCGCGAGAAAACAGAAGAGUGUUCUUGUAUGAAGUUCCUUCGAACGUGGUGUUCAACGGCGCUCCAGUCAACAUUCCCGAGCCAACAGUGGAGACCAACAUCGUGCUCAUCCGAACGCCCGAAGGAUUGCUAGGACCUGACCCCGUGGUCGUACCUCCUCCGAGACAGCAGCACGUCGUGUACGUGCUGAACAAGCAGUCUGAACAUGACCAGAGGGUGAUCGAGGUCACGGCGCCACCGCCAUCCGACCCUGAAGUUUACUUCGUCAACUACGCCGAAGGCGAGAACCCAACUCUUCCUAGCGGAGUGGAUCUACAGAGCGCUCUGGGCGCUGCUACUCAAGGCGGCGGUCAGGUGAUCGGGGGAAGUGGUGCAGGUGGUGAUGGUGGUGUCGGGGGCGGUAUCGGCGGUGGCGUGGGCAGUGGUGCAGGCGGUGUCAUCGACGGCGGUUUUGGCAGUGGUAUCGGCGGCGGUUUUGGCGGUGGUAUCGGUAGCGGCAUUGGCGGUGGUAUCGGUAGCGGUAUUGGCGGUAUCGGUAGCGGUAUUCGGUAG